CGUUGCGUUCCCAAUCGUGUACUGCCUACAGUUCCGGAAAAAUUUCAAAUAGGUCUUGACUUGAGAGAUCCAGCAUCUCCUUUUUAUCUCAGUCCUCCGUCCUCAUUCCUAUCAACUUCCUCUUUUAUCUUCCCUCCCCGUCAUGGCAGCCCACGAGAUUGCCACGGCUACUGGCACCUCACCGAACCCUGAUCUUCGUCGAAGAAACGUCCCCGGUCCGGAGAAAGAUGGCAGAGAGGUUAAGAGAAACAUUCCGCUUGAAGCUGACGAAAAGAAAAAACAAGCGCCACGCAAGUCUACGUUCAUCGAUGUGCUCGAUGAGUGGGAAUUUAUUAUUGCUCCACUGGUAUUCACUGCAUUUUCCUUCUUCACGCGAAUGUGGCGUAUUGGUAUUUCGGAUAUUGUUACUUGGGAUGAGGCUCAUUUCGGCAAAUUCGGCUCCCAUUACUUGAAGCGGGAGUUCUAUUUCGAUGUACAUCCGCCGCUAGGGAAAAUGCUGGUGGGACUCUCAGGAUACCUUGCAGGCUACAAUGGCUCGUUUGAAUUCAAAUCUGGAGAGAAAUACCCACCGGAGCUUAACUACACUUUCAUGCGCCUGUUCAAUUCUUUUUUCGGAGCUGUUUGUGUUCCUCUGGCUUACUUCACCGCUCGCGAACUGGAUUUUCGUCGCCCGGCUGUCUGGUUGGUCACUCUGAUGGUUCUGUGCGAGAACUCUUAUGCGACUAUCUCCAGGUUCAUUCUCCUUGAUUCAAUGCUGUUAUGUUUUACUUUCACGACUACCCUGUGCUGGGCCCGAUUCCACCGCCUGCAAAAUAAAAGUUUUUCACUGGAAUGGUUCACCUGGCUCAUAUUGACUGGGAUAAGCAUUGGUUGUGUCUGCAGUGUUAAAUGGGUGGGAUUCUUCGUCACUGCAUUGGUUGGACUGUAUACCGCUGAAGACCUCUGGAACAAAUUUGGCGAUCUCAAAAUUCCCAAGGUCGUUCUUGCAAAGCACCUUGCCGCCAGAGUUAUGGGAUUGAUCAUCAUUCCUCUACUUGUCUACUUAUUUUCGUUCUACCUGCACUUCCAUAUCCUCGAAAACUCCGGACCCGGCGAUGCACAGAUGAGCUCACUUUUCCAGGCUAACCUGAAAGGCACAACAGUUGGAAAGGAUAGCCCACUUGAAAUCGCGAUAGGAUCAAAAGCCACCCUAAAAAAUAUGGGAUAUGGCGGCGGUCUCCUCCACUCACACGUUCAAACAUACCCGGAAGGGUCAACUCAGCAGCAAGUUACAUGUUACCACCAUAAGGACUCGAACAAUGACUGGUUUUUUUAUCCAAAUCGCCAGGAACCUGAUUUCAACCCGGAUGGUGACUUGAAAUUUGUUGGUGACAAGGAUGUCAUCCGGCUCAUCCAUGCCCAAACUGGUCGCAAUCUACAUUCGCACGCCGUGUCUGCACCGGUAACGAAAAGUGACUACGAAGUAUCUUGCUACGGAAAUACAACAGUAGGAGAUGAAAAAGAUCACUGGCGCGUUGAGGUAGUCGAUGACGUCGCGUCUAAAGACAGGUCGAAUAUUCGAACUUUGACAACUUCGUUCCGUCUUAGACACGUUGUGCUCGGUUGUUACCUUCGUGCUGGCACCGUCAAUCUCCCACAGUGGGGGUUCAAGCAGAUUGAAACCACCUGCGUUAAGCAAAAUAAUCCCCGGGACGUCUAUACUCACUGGAAUGUCGAGAGUCAUAUUAACGAGAGAUUGCCCCCCGGUGAUCCCGGUUCCUACAAAUCGCCCUUCCUAAAAGACUUCAUCCACCUCAAUGUCGCAAUGAUGACCUCGAACAACGCACUUGUCCCCGACCCAGACAAACAAGAUGACCUUGCAUCGCAAUUCUGGCAAUGGCCAAUCCUUCAUGUUGGUCUCCGCAUGUGCUCCUGGGACAAUGACACUAUCAAGUACUUCCUCCUCGGCAACCCAUUCGUCUACUGGGGCGGCACCCUUAGCCUCUGCGUUCUCGGCGUAAUCCUCGCGUGGUAUCUAAUCCGCUGGCAGCGCGGCUACGACGAGCUCAGCCUUGUCGAUAUGGACCACAUCUACUACUCCGGCCUGUACCCGGCGAUAGGCUGGUUCCUGCAUUACUUUCCCUUCGUCGCAAUGGCACGCGUAACUUACGUGCACCAUUAUUAUCCCGCGCUGUAUUUCACGAUAUUAUCCUUGGGCUUCUGCAUGAAUUGGUUGACGCAGAAAUUGCGCCGUUCGGUCGAGUGGGCAAUUUAUGUAGUGUUUUAUGCAGUUGUUAUUGGGUUAUUUGUUCUUUUCCGUGACAUUGUGUUUGGCAUGGAGGGCCCAAGUUUGAAAUGGGCGCAUCUAGCUUGGUUCAAAACGUGGCGGAUCGCGUAGUCAUUUGAGCUUUGGUAGACAGAAAGGGCGGAUAUGAAAGCUAAGCGGUUAAAGAGAAUAUGUAUUGAUAACAUCUUACAAGCUAAUUUGUGGUACUUCUUUGUUUUUACUUUUUUUAUUGUUCCGUGUCUUAUCCGGAGGUACCGAAAUAACACAAGAAAUGGGAUAAGAAUAAAUUUGGAGAAUAGAGGGUUUCACGGGUUUGAGAUAUAUUAUUGAUUUGUGGCUUUUCUCC